UGACGCCAUAUCUCCGCCCUGCGUGCUAGUUCCACGCUGCUGUCUUGUGAAUGGGUCAAGACUGUAAAAAAAAAAAAAAACAAAUCCAUCCGGUCUCUCUUUUUAAAACGGGUUACCCCAUGUCCCUCAGAUCAUUCGUGAACGUCAGAUAACGGACUACGCGCCUACAGAUCAAGACAUCUCAGAUUUCGUGUUUUACGUGUUUCUGUCAUGACCCUGAGACGAGCCAGUGGCUGCAGACAGCUGACCUUGACCAUUGGCCUGGCCCUGACUUUAGGCCUGCUGCAGUGGCCAAUAGGAGAUGUUCGAGGUCAGGAUGGAGCGUCUCCUGCCCAAGUCCUUCAGGAGCUGCUGACGCGAUACGGAGACAACGCAAGCAUUUCCGUCCCUCAGCUCCGAUCGCUCCUCGUCAGGUUAAACGGAGGGCAGAGCGAAGACCAUGACAGUAAAACACAGCCCACCAGGACCAAUGCGUCUAAGUGCUUGGCCGCAGACACCCUGGCAGUGUACGGGAUGAGCGAACAGUCUCGUAUAGACGAGCGAGGCCUGCAACAGAUCUGCCCUACAAUGAUACAGCAGCUGGACUCACAAGCGUGCAAAACACAACCAAACCAAGAGUCUGAGAGCAGCCCUAGACCCACUGAAGCUGAGGUGUGGGGUUACUCAAUUUUGAGCGUGACUCUGGUUAGUGCGUUCGCUUUGACUGGUGUGUUUGUGGUGCCCCUGAUGAGGACGCGGUUCAUGCGCAGAGUUCUGGUCUAUUUCAUCGCUCUGUCCAUUGGAACAUUGUUGUCCACCGCCAUCCUGCAGCUCCUGCCUGAGGCCUUCGGGUUUGACCCCAUGGAGGAUUAUUAUGUGCCCAAGUCCGCAGUCGUGUUUGGAGGAUUCUACCUGUUCUUCUUUACAGAGAAAAUCCUGAAGAUGAUCUUGAAGCCAAAAGACACGGGAGGGCAUGGCCAUGGGCACAGUCACUUUCCUGCUGAACGCUAUGCCAACUCUAAUGGUGAUUUGGAGGAUGGUGUGAUGGAGAAACUGCAGAACGGAGAGGCUGGAGGAGCAGCUUUACCCAGAGCAGAAGCAGACGGCAGAGGGGUUGGAGAAGACGACAAGAUGCUGAGCACUGGACAAACUGUACAGGACACUCAGAGUUCAGGUGGUGGUGGAACGGGUGGCUGCUAUUGGCUGAAGGGCAGGGCUUACUCUGACAUCGGCACGCUGGCGUGGAUGAUCACUCUGAGCGAUGGCCUUCAUAAUUUCAUUGAUGGUUUGGCCAUUGGAGCCUCCUUCACUGCAUCUGUAUUUCAGGGCAUCAGUACAUCAGUGGCGAUUCUCUGUGAAGAGUUUCCUCAUGAGCUGGGUGAUUUUGUGAUCCUGCUAAACGCUGGCAUGAGCAUCCAGCAGGCACUCUUCUUUAACUUCCUGUCAGCCUGCUGCUGUUAUCUGGGCAUGGGCUUUGGCAUCCUGGCUGGAAACAACUUCUCUCCUAACUGGAUCUUUGCUCUGGCCGGUGGCAUGUUCCUCUACAUUGCGCUGGCUGAUAUGUUUCCAGAGAUGAACGAGGUCAGUCGUGAGGAAGAGGAGGCUGGAGGAAGUGGCUUUCUGCUCACUUUCGCCCUCCAGAAUGCAGGGCUGCUUACAGGCUUUGCCAUAAUGCUUGUACUCACCAUCUACUCUGGACAGAUACAGCUUGGAUAGCAGAGGACUGAAUUACAAACUCAGACCCUGGGGGACUAGCUCAGCACCUGGACUAAAAAUCUGAGACCUUCUGGGACCUCUAGACUUAAAUAUGAGUCAGCUGUGCUGGCUUGUUUUUAAAUUGUUCACCCAACUGGACUAGAUCAUGACAUUCAAAUGUUAUGGCCAAAGUUUGGGCUCCAAAUAAACCCUGGACUGUUUGAUUGAAGCUAGAACUGAUCAAUCUGUGAUCUUUGAUUUGUAGAUUCAUCCAGAACCCUGGAUCUGUGGAUGGGUGCUCCACCAUUCAUCUGGUUUAGGCCUUCUUUCAUUCUUUUGCCUCAAAAGCUUUAGGACACAGUGAUGUCCCUGUACUGUGUGGAUUCAACCCCCCAAUACAUACAUCUGGGCAUCGAUUUCUUCUCACAAUUCAACUCUGAAAACUUUACAAAUUGUCUCUUUCCUUCAGAGUUGAGGAUUCUUAUUCCUGACCUUGAAGAUUUCAGUAUUGUCCAUUUACUGACAUGUGAUGGGAUGAAACUUGACUUGUUUUACUGACAUUAAGGCAACACUAGAUUGUUUUCAAUGCUUUAAACCAAAUGAUUAAUCGGAUCAAUAGAGAAAUAAAACCAACAGAACCAA